AAAAAAGUUCGACGACGGGCCUCACCUUGCCGCGAACCCAACCAGAAGCGGGCGAACACCAGCAUAUCCUUGACCGAACCCCCAGCAAUUGGCCAGGAAACGCAUCCGCACAGCGACUCAAACACACUCUCAACUUGAAGGCGAUUCCCUUCUUUCUCUCCACCAACAAUGUCUUUCCGAGGCGGCUCCCGUGGCCGCGGUGGCUUUGGCGGUCGAGGUGGUGGCCGUGGAGGAGGUUUCCAGCAGCGAGAUAUGGGCCCGCCUGCUCAGAUCCUUGAGUUGGGCAAGUUCAUGCACGCCUGCGAGGGUGAGAUGGUCUGCGAGUCCAGCAACCCCAAGGUCCCUCACUUCAACGCCCAGAUCUUCCUCGAGAACAAGACGGCCGUCGGCAAGGUCGACGAGGUCCUCGGUCCCAUCAACCAGGUCUUCUUCACCAUCAAGCCCACCGAGGGUAUCCAGGCCACCUCCUUCAAGGAGGGCGACAAGUUCUACAUCGGCUCCGAGAAGCUCCUGCCCCUCGACAAGUUCCUCCCUAAGCCUAAGCCUCCUCCUGGUGCUCCCAAGCUCAAGCGCGCUGGCGGUGGCCGUGGCGGUCCCCGUGGUGGCGGCCGAGGCGGCUUUGGCGGUCGCGGCGGUGGUGGUCGCGGCGGCGGUUUCUCCCGUGGCGGCGGUGGCUUCUCCCGAGGCGGCAGCGGUUUCGGUGCCCGUGGAGGCGGUCGCGGCGGCGGUGGUUUCUCUCGUGGUGGCGGCGGUGGUGGUUUCUCCCGAGGUGGUGGUGGUGGUGGUUUCUCUCGAGGCGGUGGUCGCGGACGUGGCGGCUUCAGCAGAGGCGGCUAAUCAACCGAGUCAACGAUGGACGAGAAAAGACGGGGGUACGACUACGCUUGUUCAAAGAGACAUCUGGGGUUUUCUGGCGUUUAACGGUGGCUUGUGCUUUGGUUGUUCUUUUUCGUCCCCUCACCCGGGACGCUAUAUCCAAUCCUGCGAGACGGUACGGCAUUGGAGUUUGUACAGACACAAUGGAUACGUGGAUCGAGGAGAGAGAAAUAAAAAGAGUACCCUUUUCCAUGCUCAGU